AACAUCCAACACAAAUCUACGAACAUAUUCAGCUGACAGUUUUGUACAUUCACAACAUAAGCACUCCGACUGCAGAAAACUGUCGUAAAGAGAGCGCAGAAGACGGCAGACGCGUGUGGAGCGCAGCACACGUGCUCGGUGUUUUGGUCAGAGACUAUCGAAUGAAUCCAUGUAAAAACUCUCCUGUGUUGAUGUGGUGAGUAUGUUACCUGUUAUGGACAGCAACGAUAAAGCAGAUGAUGGUCGGAGAGGAGUUAAGCGCAAGAUGGCUUUGUCCAGCUGUGACAUCUGUGAGACUAAAGAGGCCAAAUACAGAUGUCCGAGCUGCAUGAGACACACCUGCAGUUUGGCUUGCGUCAAGCAGCAUAAGAUUCUGUCGGGAUGCUGUGGUGUUCGGGACAAGACGGCGUUUGUCCCUCUCGCUGAAUUGAAUGAAAUCAGCCUGCUCAGCGAUUACAGGUUUCUGGAGGACACGGCUCGACUGUCACAGCAGUCCAACAGAGACGCCGUGAUGCUCGGCAGCCAUCGACACCCGAAGGAGGGCAUGUGGAUGAUCAGAAAAGCCAGAGCAGUCAAAGUCACCCUGAAGUUUCUGCCCAAAGUGUUCAGCAAACACCGGGAGAACCGCACCAUCUUCAGAAGAGCGGAAGGACGAUUCUACUGGCAUCUGAAGAUCCAUUUUCCUCAGAGCGACGCGGUUUAUUCAGAGCGGUGUCCUGAUAACCGGCAGCUCGAUCAGAUUCUCAACGACUACAUUCAUCCUUCUGAGUCAGAUCCAGUCAAACGGCAAAAGUUAAAGAUCUACGUCCACAGUCCUCCAGAGGACAUCAGAGUCUUUCUGAAGUCAGAGCAAACACAGCCCCACGCUCUCAGGUAUCUGGAGCUGGAUCUGAUGAAGAGUCUGCAGGAAAACCUGACGCAUAAGACCAUCGUGGAAUACCCAGAAGUCUUUGUGGUUCUGAAGGAGUACAGUCAGGAGUACCUCACUCGCAUAUCAGAGCGUCCCAGUGCUGUCCAAAGCAUUGCAUCAGCGAACAUCACCAGAACUUCAUGUUCCCCGACUGGACCACGGCCAGAAGCUCUUGUGCAUGUGGCGAAGAAGCCAAAAGUCUCAGAGGACGAUGAGCUGGAGGAAGGAGAGAUCCGAAGUGAUGAAGAGGAUGAUGAUGAUGAUGGUGUCAAUAAUGACACUGAGAAAAAGAUACCUGUAAUGCAUGAUGAUGAGGAUGAUGACAGUGAUGAAGAAGUGCUCCAGGGAAACCCGAAUCUAGAAGUGGAGAUGAAGGACUGUCCUCCUCAUAACAGUGUUCAGGACACUCAGGUGGAUGAUGGGAACCAGAACAAAGAGGUUUCAGUGAACAUCACCAGCAAAACUGAAGAAAUAAUGAUGGUUUCUCAAGGUCCUGAAGAAGCUGACAGCACUCAGACUUUCACUGAUGAUGGUAGGAGUCUGUGUGAAGACGAUACGUUUGAUAUUUCCCCUCAUGAAUGUCAGAAAAACAUCGAUUCCAGCGCUGGACUUCCAGAAGAUGAUGGUGUUCAAGAGAAAAAUGGUGCAAAUUAUGACAAAGAAGGACAGACCGACUCCUGCAUCGCCAAAGGUUAGAGUUCACCAUGUGAAGAACAUUCAGAAACGAGUCAAACUGAAGGCCAGGAAAACAUGCAUGGAGAAAACACUGCUGUUUAUUCCAGUGCAAGUGAAAAUCAGGCUAAUAGCAAAGGAGCCAAAAGUCCUGAUGUUUAUGCGAUGUUAACGGUCCUGUUAUCCAACAGACUCAACCCAGCACCUGAUAACCAGACAAUAGCAGAUAAGGCUUCAGAUGAAGACAGUAGCAGUAAUGGUUGCGAGGCGAUGGACUGUUUUGGCGACUGAUAAGUGAUAUCAGACGUGUGUUCAUGGAGACGGACAAACGCUGAACAUUCCUCAUAGAGCUCAUGCUGUUAUCUGCUUCAGAAAAUGAUGGAAAAGGAGUUGCAAAUGUUAUAUUUCUGUUCUGAAAUCAAGAUCAUAUAUGCUGUGAAAUGUGUUCAUCUGUGCUUUCAUCGUGUGCCCUCCAGUUGCAUCGGAAGGUUUACUUUGAUUGACAAAGCAUCGGUCUGUGUAUUUAUGUGACAGUAUUUUUAUGCCCUGUUCCUUUUUAAUAAACUUCUGAAUCUCUUUGUGAGUG